ACUCCCAAUUUACAAGACAAAGCUACAGAAUCCGCACUACCCUUUAUUAAAUCUCCACACAAAGUAAACGUUCUCAGUCUCAAAUCUCAGCAACAACAACAACAACAACACAAAAAUGGCAGAGACUAUUAUGCAUCAACAAAGCGCCGCCGUAGGGGGUAGAGUUCUUGAUUCUCUCCUCCACGCCCUCAACCCCAUCUCUCUCCUUCUCUCCCAGAACCCAGUUCCGGGAUCUGAACAUGAAUACAUGGAGCGAGGGCCAAGAUACAAAGCGUACGCGGAACUCAGAGAAUCCAAGCUAAGAAGGAAGUAUGAGCAAAUGAGCCAAGAUGAUGAUCAGCAACUUGAACAAGAGCAAGAAUCAAAACCGACUCCUGUUAAGAAGCAGGUCAAGUUUCAGGUUACUGUUCCGAGUAAUGUGCCCCGGAAAAGGGGUGCGGCUAAUUCCUCCUCUUCUUCUGUUGUUGCUCAAUCUGUGCCUGAUUUCUCGGCGGUGCUGAGGAAGGAGAAAGAGAACCGUAGGCCGGCGACGAGGCUUGAGAUGACUCCGCCGUGGUCGAAGGGUAACCACGGCGGGGUUUUGUCGAAUUCGAGAGGGAGUAAGUCGGCGAGUGCGGGGGAGAAGAACAGGGGCAAUAAUGGAGGAGGGUUGAUGGCAAGAAAGAGCUAUGCGAGUCUUGAAGAACUGAAGGGUUUGUCUUCCAUUGCUGCUAGUGCUAUUAAUUGCGGCGGCGGUGAAAACAGGGCAGGUGGGAGGAUCGGUAGAGCAACGGCCAAGAAUGUUUUGGGUUACAGACACUUCUGAUUUCUUUCCUUCUUUACUGAAUUGAGGUUUUGUUUGGAUUGAUUCAUUUUUUUUUUCCAUAGAUUGUAAAGCUAUGCAUACAUUUUUAACUACUAUAUGAGUUUGAUAUGAAUUGCAUCUGUUCAAACAGAGAGGCUUUGAUGAUUUAAUUUGGGAUUGUUUUGCAUUGUAACUACCAGUGGAGUUUGAUAUGAAUUGCUUCUAUUGUAGCAAUACUUGAUAA